AUGGAUGCCGUCCAGUACAUUGAAUUUUCAGAUGGUAACAAAAUGCCAAUAAUUGGAUAUGGAACUUCACUGGCUGAUAAGGAAGAUUCCCUUAUACCAGCUGUGGAAGCUGCAGUUGAUGCAGGAUAUCGUCAUAUCGAUACAGCUUUCCUUUAUAAAAAUGAACCUAUCAUCGGGAAAGCUCUUCAGAAGAUUUUCAGCAAAGGUGUUGUGGAAAGAAAGGACUUGUUCAUUACCACAAAGCUUCCCGUGAAUGGCUUUAAAGAAGUGAAAUACUUCUGCCAGAAAUCGUUGUCCAACUUGCAGCUCUCGUAUGUUGACCUCUACUUGAUUCAUUGUCCAAUGGCUUCAAAGAGAACUGAAUUGGAUGAAGAGGUGUACACCGUAGAUGAAACUGGAACUUAUCAAGGAGAUUACACAAUUGACUUAGUGACAACUUGGAAAGCAAUGGAAGAACUUGUUGACGAAGGGUUAGUAAAAUCCAUUGGACUCUCAAACUUCAAUAGUCUACAAAUUCAGAGAAUAUAUGAUAAUGCAAGAAUCAAACCUGCCAAUUUACAGGUUGAGUGUCAUGCUUACCUUCCUCAAUAUGAGUUGCACGAUUUUUGUAAGAAGCUGAAUAUUUCUUUCACAUCGUAUGGUUCUCUUGCAUCUCCUGGAUUUGUUGAAUAUAUGGUUAACGCAGGAAUGGGCUCUCAAAAGGAACGCCUUUUAGAUGAUGAGAAAUUGAAGCCAAUUUGUGCAAAGCAUGGGAAGACUCCAGCUCAGGUUCUUUUAAGGUAUCUGGUGCAACGUGACAUUGCAGUGAUUCCAAAGAGCGUAAAAUCUGAAAGGAUAAAAGAAAAUAUUCAGAUUUUCGACUUUCAACUGGAUGAAGAGGAUAACGCUGCUUUAAGAGCAAUGCAGAAGAAUCUUCGUAUUUUUGAUUUUGACUUUUUGAAAGGAAUGAAGGAUCAUCCGGAAUAUCCUUUUAAUAUACCUUUCUAAACUGAACGUGGGGCUGCUGUGUAUUUUUUGUAUCUAUUGUUCAUAUAUUUUUACUUUAAUAAAAUAUUU